CUACCACAUUACCCGAGUCCCAAGCCCUUCUUCUUCUUCUUCUUCUUGGCCUAUUUUCCCUACAAUCCGAAACCUUUCUUCUCAAGCUGUUGCAAUGAUUCCUCUGGGCUUCUACUUCAGUUUAUGGGAAGAAGAACAUCUUCAACUUGCUACCCCCCAAAGUGGAAGACCGACUCCUAUAUAUGCCGGAAUGUUGGAACCCGGAAAACAUUUGGUUAUGUGGAUAGUGGGUGGUCCAUGAUGGUCUUUCCAUCAUGCUUGAGCUUCAGAUUGAGAUCAAUCGCAAAUAAAGAGACAAAUAUGUCAUCUUUCCUUCAGAUGACGAUGAUGAUGAUGAUUCUCACGUUGAUGACAAUAUAUGGUACGGUAAAUUGUCUCCUAGUACCCUGCAGCUUCAAGUCUUUUGCCGGAUCAACAGGAUUGGAUUAUGAAUCAUCAGUUAUCAGAAACAGAGGAGUGAAUCGGUUGCUUACCUAACUACAGGGUAAAGUUUUGAAACCAGUGUGAAAUAUGGAUUCUCUGCCAGGUUUCUUUUUGAAGCGGAAACGUGAACAUCCCCGUAAGGAUGAGAAGUCAGCAGAUUAAGAGAAUACAACCGCAAAGCCUGGACCCGACAUCUUGAAGUCAAACAAACAGAGUACGGGUACAAGCAAGGUUGAGGUAGGUCCAGCGUUUAAUGGUGUUGUGGAAGAGUAUUUCGAUGGCGGGGUUUGAAUGAAGGUGAAGGUAGGAGAGACUGAGAUGAAGGGUGUUGCAUUUUAUCCCUUCCCUCUGCCAAAUGUUGUUCCCCCUGAUAUUAAGACGGUGACAAGAAAGGACCUUGCUAUACUAGCCGUGCAUUCUAUUCUUUCUCGCUCAGCACAAAGUAAUAGGCAACGUGCUGAGGUGAAAAAGGAAAAACCUGCAGAUUCUUAGAUGUGCUACGCUUCUCGGUCAUUCAAUGUGUGUUUGAACUUUUAAAAUGUUGUUCAAGACUUGUCCUUUCAGUUUCUCUGGAGAGCUUCUUUUGGGUUCCAGACAAUGAACAAGUUGCUAACUUUGGUUCUUGUUUAUCUAGCUCCUUUCCAAAAUCUUGUUUUGCUUUCUGUGUGGUGUGCAAAUCUCAAAUGCAGGUUUGACUUUGUUGGGUGUCUGGACAGCCGAUGGUAAAUUCCAUGAUCUAGUAUGGUUUUCGAUACUAAAGCAGGCUUGUUGGAAGCUGAACCCUUUCGACUAAUAUUGCCCGUGGGAUUGUAUGAGAUUGCAAAUCACCUUGAGGGUGAUCUUUGAUAUCGAAUUUUCACGAGUUAGAAGAAAUUCUCAUAAUCAACUGCUCUGCUCACUGAACUACAAGAAUAUGGUUCAGUCUAUUAACACAGCUAAACCCACCUUCGUUUCUGACCCAAAAAAAAAAAAAAAAAAAAAAAAAAAAAACCUCCUUUCGUUCCGUAGAAGCAAAAUAUAUGCCACGUGGCACAGGCUCGGGCACCUUCUGGACUGUACCACUAUGAUUAUAUAUGAGUCUCUGUGAGACACUCAUAUUCGUCUCUGCGACGACGGCAUUUGAAUCGUUAGUGGAAUCGGCGCUGCGACGACGACGGCGUUUGAGUAGCCAGGAACAAACCAAUAAAAUUGCUGGUCUUACCUUCAAUACCUUUGGAACGUUGCAAAGGGAUUCUCCUGCAGUCAAACUCUCUCCAAAUUAUCGGGAACCACCUGCUAACCCUUCGGACGAUGCAGCAAAUUUUGCUGAACAACCCAAGCUCAUGAGUGCAGCUCUGGUUCAAGCUGCGAAGCAGUUUGAUGCAUUAGUUGCAGCACUACCAUUAGCCGACGGAGGUGAAGAAGCACAGCUCAAAAGGAUUGCAGAACUGCAGGCUGAAAAUGACACUGUUGGCCAAGAACUCCAGAGACAACUGGAAGCAGCAGAGGAGGAACUAAAGCAGGUCCGCGAGUUGUUCAGCCAAGCUGCAGAUAAUUGCUUGAAUUUGAAGAAACCGGAUUAAAAGUAAAGCGACUGAUCUUCUCUUCGGAGCUUCCAGAUCCUGUGGUUCCAACCAAUCUUCUCAAAUUUCAUGAGGGAAAAACUAUACUCUCCGUUCUCUGUCCUCUGUAAAUGUUAUAAGAAUGCUGCCUGUUAUCUCUUUUCCUUUCCGGUUCUAUUGUGUGACGGCUUCAAUAUUAUACAGAUUUUAAGAGUAUUUACAAAGUUGAUGUGAUUAGGUUUGAACUCUCAUCCCCUCCAUAAUGUGACAGAUAAAUUUGAACUAUGCACCCAAGGACACACGAAAGAGGAUAAUAGGGAAGGCCUUCUAGUACUUAUUACACUAAAACCAUUCUUCUUUGCUCAAGUCCGAAGCCCUUUUUUCCCAAGCUCUUCCAAUGGAGGAUGGUGCCAAUCACAAUCGUUUAGGCUACUACUUUUACACGACACACAUACAUCUCUCUGUUAACCAUCCUACAGAGCAUAUAUUUGUCAUUUUAAGUAUCAAGUAUUCACAAUUCAGUUAUUUUCAAAUUUCA